GCCAAGCAGGCGACCGGCCCAAGCCGCCGCCGCCGCCGCCGCCGCUGAGGAGGUGGGGGGCCAGGCCCGGCUCGGCCUGGCCCGGCUCGGCCUGGCCUGGCCUGGUUUCAGCCUUGCCGUCCCCCGCCGGGCCUCCACCAUGAGGAGGGAAAUGAACGGGGUCACCAAGAGCCGGUUUGAGAUGUUCUCAAAUAAUGAUGAGGCUGCGAUCAACAAAAAACUUCCCAAAGAGCUGCUGCUUCGAAUAUUCUCCUUCCUGGAUGUGGUCACCCUAUGCCGUUGCGCUCAGGUCUCCAGGGCAUGGAAUGUCUUGGCUCUCGAUGGUAGCAACUGGCAGCGCAUUGACCUCUUUGAUUUCCAAAGGGACAUUGAGGGCCGUGUAGUGGAGAAUAUAUCUAAAAGAUGUGGGGGUUUCUUGAGAAAGCUGAGCCUACGUGGAUGCCUAGGUGUGGGAGACAACGCAUUAAGGACGUUUGCACAGAACUGCAGAAAUAUUGAACUGUUGAAUCUAAACGGCUGCACCAAGAUUACAGAUGCUACGUGUACUAGCCUUAGCAAGUUCUGCUCCAAACUCCGGCAUCUUGAUCUGGCUUCCUGCACUUCAAUAACCAACCUGUCACUUAAAGCACUGAGUGAAGGGUGCCCUCUACUGGAGCAGCUCAAUAUCUCAUGGUGUGACCAAGUGACAAAAGAUGGCAUUCAAGCUUUGGUGAGAGGCUGUGGUGGACUCAAAGCUCUAUUUCUUAAAGGCUGCACACAGCUGGAGGAUGAAGCGCUCAAAUACAUAGGAGCACACUGUCCUGAACUGGUGACUUUAAAUUUGCAGACCUGCUUGCAAAUAACAGAUGACGGCCUCAUUACAAUAUGCAGAGGGUGCCACAAGCUACAGUCUCUGUGUGCUUCUGGCUGCUCCAACAUCACCGACGCCAUCUUGAAUGCCUUAGGGCAAAACUGUCCAAGGCUUAGAAUAUUGGAAGUAGCUCGGUGUUCUCAGCUCACAGAUGUGGGCUUCACCACUCUGGCUCGGAAUUGCCAUGAACUAGAAAAAAUGGACUUGGAGGAGUGCGUUCAGAUAACAGACAGCACAUUAAUCCAGCUCUCCAUACAUUGCCCACGGCUCCAGGUUUUGAGUUUAUCACACUGUGAGCUGAUCACUGACGACGGUAUUCGCCAUCUGGGCAAUGGCGCCUGUGCCCAUGAUCGUCUGGAGGUGAUCGAGCUGGACAACUGCCCUUUGAUUACAGAUGCUUCCUUGGAACACCUCAAAAGCUGCCACAGCCUGGAAAGGAUAGAGUUGUAUGACUGUCAGCAGAUUUCACGGGCUGGAAUCAAGAGACUCAGGACCCACUUACCCAAUAUUAAGGUCCACGCCUACUUCGCGCCCGUGACCCCACCACCAUCGGUGGGGGGCAGCAGACAGCGCUUCUGCAGAUGUUGCAUCAUCCUAUGACGUGGGAGCCAAUCUACCUUGUGCAAAAAGAACUGAGUAUUUAAAUUUUCCUUCUAGAAGUAACAGUGGACACCAGUAUCUCCACACCAAAAGUGAUGCUGGUGGUCCUUUGCAAGGGCCUUUUGAAAAGAAAACAAGUUGGGGGACCUGGUUGCAAAACUUUGUUCCCUUUUUUGCCCCUUAGCCACACACAAAAACAGACACAUCAUAGUGUGUACAGGCACACACACACCUGCGUACACACUCACCUACCGACUUAUUCCAGCAAACUGAAGGACCCUGGAGUUGAAGAGCUGGAUCAGUGGAAUCUUUCUCCCUUUUUCCCUUAUAGGUGGAUUGGUAUAAUUAUGAACCAUUUCUACUGGGCAUGCUCAGAAGAAAUCAUGGGGAGAUGGGCGGGAGAGAGACCAUCAUGCACAUCCGAAGAACUGCUGUUGCUUG